AUGCCGACAUCCAUUUGGCCCUGCAGCAUGUCGUUUUGGGAUGCACAAAUGACUGGCGUCAUCAUGGACUUUCAAUCCUUCUUUCUGGUCCCUGCCGCCCUGUUCAUUUUGGUACUGGCAGCGCACCAAUGUGCAGCCCUCAACAUUAGCGAGGAGGCAGUCUCGGCCAGUGCCCCAAGCGCCUACCUCAUCAUGAAGAAUGUUACCUAUUCUGCCGACGUCCCUCUCAUGGGCUACCUGGCUUACGACAAGCGGAUCAGCGCUCCCCGUCCGGGCCUUGUCGUCUUCCCUGACUGGGACGGCAUCGGGGGAUACGAAUACUACCGGGCCAAAAUGCUCGCGGCGCUGGGCUACAUAGUCUUCGUUGGAGACAUCUACGGCAGCGACGUGGUUCAAGGCCCCUCACUUCCCGUGGAUCUGAGGGCCCAGUACCUCCUGCAGCUAGUCAACCAUCCGGAUAUUUUCCGGGGCCGGAUGGUCGCUGCUCUCGCAACCUUGAGAAAGGUUCCGAAUGUGGCCACCGCUAGGCUGGGUGCUGUGGGCUACUGCUUGGGUGGCACAGGAAUCAUCGAGCUGGCACGCGCUUAUCCAAACGGCACUGACGGAUUGAGCGGCGUUGUGGGCUUCCACGCGGGGAAGCUCGACACCGUCGGUUCCACGAUCAUGCCAAACGCCCCCAUCGAGAUUCUUCUGCUACAAGGGGGAAACGAUACAAGCGCCGAGAUGAAGGCUGCCGACAUCUCCUACAAAAUCAUCGACUAUCCCGGAUCCUUCCACGCCUUCACAGAACCGUCCACAUGUCUUAUGUGGGACUUCACCGCCAAGCCCUUCAAGCAUCGAACGACCGAAAGGCAGGAGCGAAAGUCGAAACUGUCCUCAUUCGCUAGUGAUCGGCUACCAGGAAAAGUGAAUCCUGCCACUUCACUUCCAGAAAAGCCCUCUCACAACCCGGAAGCAACAGUCGAUCGCGAAGCUGCCAGGAUGAGCUGUCCAUCCUUCUUCGUGGUGUGUGCCGCCCUGAUCGUCUUGGCACUGGCAGCGCAUCAAAGUGCAGCCCUACCAAUCAGCGAGGAGAGAGUUUCGGCCAGUGCGCCAAGCGCGUACCUCGUUCUGAAGAACGUUACCUACUCUGCGGACAUCCCUCUCAAGGGCUACCUGGCUUACGACAAGCGGAUCGCCGCGCCUCGCCCGGGCCUCGUCGUCUUUCCUGACUGGGACGGCAUCGGGGGAUACGAACAUUACCGGGCCAAAAUGCUCGCGGCUCUGGGCUACAUAGUCUUUGUGGGAGAUCUCUACGGCAGCGACGUGGUUCAAGGCCCCUCUCUUUCCCAGGAUCUGCGGGCAGAUUACCUCCGGCGCCUAGUCCAGAACCCCAAAACCUUCCGGGGCCGCAUGCUGGCUGCCCUCGCAACCUUGAGAAAGGUUCCGAAUGUGGACACAACUAGGCUGGGUGCUGUGGGCUACUGCCUCGGUGGCACAGGGAUCAUCGAGCUGGCACGUGCGUAUCCAAACGGCACUGACGGACUGAGCGGUAAGUCCGGCGCUUUCGACGGCGCGUUGUGGGCUUCCACGCCGGGAAGCUCGACACGCGGUUCCAAGAUCGUGCUGGACGCCCCUAUCGAGAUUCUCCUGCUACAAGGGGGAAGCGACCCGACCGUUACAGGCCGGGAGACUUUCACGGCAAGCCCUUGCACUUUCUGA